AUUGAUUGGUAACACAAAUAGGAAGCGGCUGGGCAGGACAGGGCCAUUGCAAGUCAGCCAUUGCUGUGUGUCGUGGCUGUGUAGGUAAUAACGCUAAGGCAGUGAAGAAGACGGUUACUACGACCAUUCGGAUUAACUGGAGGAAUUUUCAGACUUCCGAGUGUAACAAUCGUCUGUGUAUCUACAUAUAGACACGAGGAUUAACACGAUCUGGAUAUGUCCUUCAUAUUUGAUUGGAUUUAUAGUGGUUUUAGUAAUGUACUGCAGUUUCUUGGACUGUACAAAAAAUCAGGUAAAUUAGUAUUUCUUGGUCUGGACAAUGCUGGCAAGACCACACUACUGCAUAUGCUUAAAGAUGAUCGACUGGGGCAACAUGUGCCAACCUUACAUCCAACUUCAGAAGAGCUGACGAUUGCUGGUAUGACCUUUACCACCUUUGACCUUGGUGGCCAUGCACAGGCCCGAAGAGUGUGGAAAAACUACCUCCCUGCAAUCAACGGCAUUGUCUUUCUCGUUGAUUGUGUAGACCACCCGAGACUGGCUGAAUCCAAAACAGAGCUUGAUGCACUAAUGACAGAUGAAACUAUUGGAAAUGUGCCUAUCUUGAUUCUUGGUAACAAGAUUGAUAAGCCAGAGGCCAUAAGUGAGGAGAAACUUCGUGAACUGUUUGGAUUGUAUGGUCAGACAACUGGCAAGGGUAAUAUUCCCCUGAAAGAACUGAAUACCAGACCACUGGAAGUGUUCAUGUGCAGCGUGCUAAAGAGACAGGGAUAUGGGGAGGGCUUCCGCUGGCUUUCACAAUACAUUGACUAGAUCCUACUACAAGAAGGUGCACCAGGAACUGCCUAACCAAAUUCAAACUCAUGUUUUAUGUUCAGUUCUUGUUCAGCCUGCCAUCACUCUCCAAAAAAAAAAAAAAAAAAAAAAACAGCAGCAGUAGUCACUCAGUACAACUCUAAAUAAAUAAAUAAACUUUUAUAGGGUAAGACAAUUCAACCAUUUUUUUCUUAAAGCUUUCAUAAGGGAAUGGCAUAUCAGUGACUCAGUUUUCAAGCCAAAUAGAUUUAUUUCUUUGGACUUUUUAUGGAUAUAUGAAAUUUGUGUAAUGUGGUAUAAAAGUAAAUCAUUCUAGUGGUAUUGACAGCCCCAGUUUAUGUGUAAGAAUAUGUUUGAGAUGUUUAAAAAUAUGUUUGCAGCCCUUGUUAAGUUUAUAGUUUUUAAUAAGAUACAUGGUUGGGAUUUUUGGAAAAAUCAUUACUUUCGAGAUUCUGUGUAAUUGCAGUCAUUUUGGCUGUUUUAUUUAACAAAACAACAAAAAUUAGCAAAAAAUUUAAUGAUUCCUCAUACAGCUCCACCCAGUUUAAGAUCGCUGUUUUUAACAUAAAAGCAUGGGUUAUGUCAAGUAUCUCAAAGACAGAUGUAUGCAGGAUGUCUAGGUCCAGUGGAAAGUAAAAUGUCAAGAAUAUUCUGUUGUACAGUCCCCUUUGAAAGUAUUGGAAAGGCAAGGACAAUUCUUUUCUUUUCGCUAUACACUGAAGACACUGAAGAAAGAUGAAUAUGAGACAAUAGCUCAGAAUUUCAGCUUUAAUAUCCUGAAAUUUGUAUCUAGAGGUGUUAAACAACUUGGAACAUGGCACCUUUGGUGGCAGACCACCCAAUUUUUAGGUGCGCAAAAGUAUUGUAACAGAUAGCCUUGAAGUAAUACACUUAAUAUUAAUCACCGAACUGUUGCAUUCUUCUUUUGUGAUGCUUUUCCCAGCUUGUACCAAAGCUUCUUUCAGUUGUUGUUUGUAUUAGGGAGUUUCUUUCUUCAGUCCCCUCAGUAGGUGAAAUGCAUGCUCAAUGGGAUUAAGGUCUGGUGAUUGACUUGGCUAGCCUAAAACUUUCUACUUUUGAUGAAGUCCUUUGUUGUGUUGGCAAUGUGUUUUGGGUCAAUGUCUUGAUGCAUGAUGAAGUUCCUCUCAAUUAGAUUGGAUGCAAUUCUCUGUAAAUUGGCAGAAAGAAUAUUUCUGUAGACUUCUGAAUUCAUUGUGCUUGCUAUCGUCAUGAGUUACAUCAUCAGUAAAGAUGAGUGAGCCUGUUCUUGAAGCAACCCUGCAAGCCCAAGCCAUGACACUACCUGCAUCGUGCUUGACUGAUGAACUUGUGUUUUUGUAUCAUGAGCAGAUCCUUUUCUUCCUCCACACUUUGGCCUUUCCAUCACUUUGCUGGAGCUUAAUCUUGGUUCCAGAAUCUUUGUGGCAUCUCUCUAAUUUUUAAACUUCUAUCUGGCCUUCUGUUUCUUAGUGGUUUGCAUCUUGUGGUAUGGAUUUCUGCUGUAGAAGUCUUUUUCCGACAGUGGUUUGUGAUACCUUCACCCCUGCAUUUAAAAAUGGGUGGGUUCAAACAAAAGUUGCUUAAAAAAAAAAAAAAAAGUUGUUUAACACAUCUAGAUGUUAAUAUGAGGAAA